AUGUAUAUUGAAAGCUACGGCGAUGUCAAAGUUGGUAAAGAUAAGUCGCCUGCUGUUAGUAUUGCCAAUGAUAAGUCACAUGAUGUUAGUAUUGCUAGUGAUAAGUCAGUUAAUUUGAGUAUUGCUAAUGAGAAGUCACUUGUUAUGAAUGUCGCUAAGGGUCAGUUGGAUAGUGUGAACUUUGAUGAUGAGUUGUUUGUAUGGCCAUGGAUGGUCAUUUUGAAAAAUAUUGUUACUGAUUUUAACCCAAAAAGCAGAAAGUAUUAUGGGAAGAAUCAUAAACAAAUUAAGGAGGAGCUGAUCAUGAAAGGGUUUCAUCCGAUGAAAGUUACUGCGCCGUGGAACCAUCAAGGACAAACACCCUUUGCAAUUGUUGAAUUUGGAAGAGAGUGGGAUGGUUUCCACAAUGCUAUGAUGUUAGAAAGGGGAUUUCAAGCAGAGCACUGUGGUAAGAGGGAUUACUUGGGUUUAUGGGAGCAGGAGCGAGGAGAUAGACUAUUUGGCUGGAUGGCACGCCGUGAUGACUAUAAUGUCAAGGAUAUAGUUGGCAAACACCUCCAGGAAAAAGGGGAUUUGAAAACGGUUUCUGGAAAAGAAGCCGAGGACAAUAGGAAAGCGAAGAAGCUUGUCUCUGGUUUGGAAAAUACCUUAAAGCGGAAGACCGAGGAAUUGGAACAGACAGCAAGCAAAUACGAUGAGGCGAAUGUGUCCCUAAGGAAAGCAAUGGAACAAAAAGAGAUGAUGCUUGAACAUUUCAAUAAGGAAAUCAGCAAGAUGCGGCAGGUUGAAUGCGAGUAUCAGGAGAAAGUAUCUAAGGAUCAUGAAAAAUCCAGGCUGGAACUGGAAGCUCGGAGGAAUGAACUUAUGUCCCGUGAGAAGGAUCUACAGAAGCGUCAAGCAGAUAAUCACAAUGAGAGAACCAAGCUAUAUUUUGAGAAGAAACAUGUAAUGUAUUUUGGCUCUUUGAAUUUAUGGUAG